UUGUAGAUUGAACUCUCCCUCGCGAGACCCGCAGCGCCAUUCCAUUCGGGAACGCGACCCUGCCCCUCCCCGCUCCUGGAGCGUGACGCCCUCCUCCUUGCCCCGAGGCCUGUGGCGACUGGGUCCGUUGGGGGCAGAACCAUGGAGGAAAAGCCUUUCAGAGCGUCUUUGGGCAGCGGUGGCUCAGACACGUCCAGACCAGACAACGACAUCCGGAAUCUGUGGACCAGGGCCACGCUGUCGCAGUCGAAGCUGAAUGUGCCUCUGCCCAAUGUCUGCGAGGACUCCGACCUGGAGGACGGCAGCGCACACAGCAAGACUCGCCGGUGGUACAACGAGAAGGCCCGCCGUGACUCGGACGGUGGUUGGGAUCACGGAGAGUACAAGGACAGUUUCAAGCAGGAGGAGCUGGAGGAUCACUCCUUGUUGGAGCUGCAGCUCCGUCAGGAAAGCUCCCUGGGAAGCCAUUUAGAGGAGGGGGACGUCGAUUCCAAGACCGAGAUUGAAAUGUCUUCCUCAGAGUCAUCGCUCAAUAUCUUGAAGCACACACCCCAUCGAGCCUACUGGGCAGAGCAGCAGAACAGGCUGCCACUGCCUCUGAUGGAACUCAUGGAGAAUGAAGCUCUGGAAAUCCUCACCAAAGCCCUCCGGAGCUACCGGUCAGCCAUAGGCCGGGACCACUUCCUGACCAAGCAGCUGCAGCGAUCUAUCGAAGGGCUCAAGAGGCGCCGGAGCAAGAGGCUGAACCUCUUGGCGUACUGAGAGCACCGCCUCGGGCUCGAGGGACAGCCGGACUCCGGCCCCGGGCCCUGUCCUGUCCCCAGACCCAAACCUGACCCCGUCCACGUGGAAUUUGAGUCCUAGAGAAAUAAAAGACUCUAGUGCACAA